AUGGGACACAGAACUCCUGGAAAAUAUUACAAAAACGAUCAAUAUUCUGAUCCAAAAUAUUGGAAUGGGCUUGACUAUGGAGAGCUAACAAACGAAGGAAAAAGGCAACACUAUGAUCUAGCAAAAUUCACCAGAAGACGAUACGGCAAAUGGCUACCCCAAAAGUAUAACAAAAGUGACUUCUACGCACAAACAACAGACGUUGAUCGAACACAUAUGUCAGGACAAGCCAACAUUUACGGACUUUAUCCAGCAAAAAGCGAACAAUCGUGGAAACUGCUGACUGAUUGGCAACCCAUUCCGCUACAUCCAGCUGAUCCCAAUAUUUGGGAAACAUUCCCCAACUGUCCCGAUUUUAUAACAGAAUACGUUAAAGUUCUUGCUUCUGAUUUGUAUGUAACUUUAGAUAAACAGUACGCAGAUGUGUAUGUCUAUUUAUCAAAAUAUUCAGGUGAAAACAUAACAACUUUAACAGAAGCAUACACAGUCUUUGACUGCUUUAAAAGUGAAUCCUCUGCUGGGCUUCGUCUGCCAAGGUGGGCUUCAAAAGUAUAUCCGCAACCAUUAACACAACUUAUGGGCUAUUUUUUUCACGCUGUAGCUUAUACGACUAAACAACAGCGAUAUUAUACAGGAACAUUGCUAAACUCCAUCCUAAACUUUUUCGACGACAAAAUAAGUGGCACAGUAUCCCAGAAAUUCAAAAUGUACAGCGGUCAUGAUGCAAAUAUUGCUGCUGUUUUAAGCACACUUAAUGCAUUUAGUCCACCCUAUCCUCCUGAUUUUGCGAGCAGCAUAUAUUUUGAAUUAAGAAACGCAUCAGGAAACUAUUUUGUAAAUGCAUGGAGUAAAGAUGGAUACACACCCAAAAAGGUUUCUAUAAGAGGUUGUGCUUUAGAUUGUCCAUUGAAUGAAGUUAAAGCAAGACUAAAUGAGAUAGUCCUUGAUGUUAAUACCAAAAUAAAAGAGUGUAAUGGUAAAACAAAAUUUAAAACUCUUGCUGAACAAAAAAUGUACAAAAAGUUUAUUGAAACGAAUGAAAUGAAACGACUUAAAAAUAUAUUUUAA